AUUGAUGACUGUGUGUAUUACGUGAUGCAUGAGCAUGCGGCUAGCCGGCCAGCUGAUCGUCUCGUUUACGUCUCCUUUGCUGAAUGAAAUGCACGGCAACCUCUGGACACAAUUUUUGACUGUUCCUCUACUUUCCAACAAUGAUAACUCCCUCCUAAAAACAACGUAAACCUUCUGCUCAAGAUGUGGACAUAAACCAACAGUUUCUUCCUUCGGCAGGAGCUUCUUUUCCAAGAUGGUCAAACGGAAAAGUUGCAACGAUGACCCGAAAAUUCUUGCCCGAUCUGUGCCGUUGCCGUUGCAGAUUUUCCUGUGGAGGCAAACGAGCCCCUUCAUCAGACCUAAGCUGGGACGACUCUAUGAGGCCAGUUGUGUGUCAUUUGAACGAGUACUCGUCGAGAACAAACUCCACGGUCUAUCUCCAAGCCUCUCCGAUGCGAUCAACAGCAUCACAAGAUGGCAGUUGAUUCAGGCUUCCUUACCGCACCUCAUGCACUGCUCUGCUGCCCUCCUCAGCAACCGUGCCAAGCUCGGCCAUGCGGACAAACUGGGUGUGGCCGAGACCAAGCUACUCCACACCCUCCAUUGGGUCCUGAUAGAGUCCCUGGAUGAGUGUAUGCAGGAGAACAGUAGCCAGCUGGACUUCCUGCGGCUGCCAGGAAACUCAGAGCAUGGCCUGACUACUAUCCAGCUCUUCGUUUACCUCUUCGCUCCUCUUGUCUACUCCAUCAAGGAGUCGGACCUCACUUUCCGUCUGGCCAAUGGGUUGAAGCUCUGGCGAUCGCUUUGGGAGCAUAAACUGCCGGAUAUCUCAAGUUUCAAUGCCAUGGUGAAGCCCAAACGGUGCUACAGGUUAGCUCGCCGAAUCUGGAAGGAACCUGAAAUGAGCGAGAAGGUGGAAGAGGAGAAUGAGAUGGUUGAGGAAGAACAGGUUCAAAAAGAAGAGGAAGUCAAGGCGGAAUCACCAAAGAAGGAGGAAGUAGCCUUGCCGGAGACACCACCGGGAGUGAUUGUACCCCUUGCAGACAUCUCAGAAGUCAGUCGUUUCAGCAGCGGUAUAGUCACCCCAGAUCCGCCGUCUGUUAAUGUUGAGAUAGUGUGUGAGGUUUGUAACACAACAGUGACACAGAACAAUGUGUGUCGAUGUGGAAAUCUGAAGGUUACGGGCGACAUGGCUGCUAAGACCAGAUUUGAUUUCGACCAGAUCAGCUCAUCCAGUUCUGAGGACGAGACAAAACCACUGAAGCCAAACAGAGCAAAGGAACGUCCCAAGUCACUCAUUGAAAGAAGUAUCCUCCCUCUCAAUGAGGGCUUUGACCACGCUGAGCUUGCUGCUUCUCUUUCGGUGCCAAGACCUCCACCACCUUUAACCAGCCCAACAGACAUCCCCAAACGAAGACUCCCACAACGAAUCAAUGAUGUCUUCUCUGCCACCUACUUUGAUGUAGGUGUGAUGCGAUGUCUGUUUAUACCACACUGGGCCGAGGAGGGGGUGCAGUGGGCACUCAUCUAUCUACUGAAUAGACUUCGACAAAUUGCUGAUGAGACCAUGGCAGCUGAAAGAGUCCGGCAAAGAAGUAACUCAUCGCCGAUACCGCAAAUCACCAUAUCCUUGUUUUCUCCUGUGCCAGGACUGCCACCAAAGAAAUUUUCCGUCCCAAUGAGCUGCAUGGGAGGUUCUGAAUCGUCCAAAGAUGAAGGUAGGCACAGGGACUCCUACCCCUUGAGCGGAUCCCCAAAGAAGAUGAAGUUUGAGAGAGUGGAGCCAUUACCUCUGAGAAAGAUAAGUCCUCCGAAACGCGCCAGUUUUGUAGACCAGGGCCGUGGGAAAUCUCAUCGAAAUCUCAGGCGUACUUCAAGUCUGUCCAAAACAGUUGGUGCUCUUAUGCCUAAACUUAUCAAGGAAGAGAUGGAAGGCUCUGGGAGUGAUGAACAGAUAGUGCAUACCUCAGAGUCAGGCUCUAUUAAACCACCUACUCUCGGGGAGAUGCCAAAGAGCUCCAGCGCGGGAACCCCAAAGCUGGAGCCUUUCAAGUUUAAAAUUGACGUGGUGCAGUUGAAAACAGUUCCAGCACUUAUGAGCCCAGAGGAACUUUCUAAGACAACUUCUCCAACAUCACCAAUGCUCUACUCAACCGGGUCCUUGGAUUCCAAGAGACCUUAUACCGGGGUGACCACCGCCUCCUCAUACGUCUCAAGGCCUACAGCUCUACCAUAUCAACAGAGCUUUUCAGCUACUGCAACUAAGUUGACGUCUUUCGUCCAAGUUGGUGCAGAUGCUGCACACCGACCAUCCGUCAUGACAACACAAACCAGGCCAUUCGGGGCGAUGUCUAAAGUCUCUCCCAUGGAAGUCAUCCCACCAUUAAAAACGGAGAAGUCCUCAACCUGUUUCACAGUCACCAAGACUACAACGAGUGUGCAAUCAACAUCUGUUCGAAUGGCCAGAGCUGAUUUCCUGGCAGAAAAUACAAACUCAACUUCAUCCAGGUCAGAAAAAUUAUAUGAAAGACGAGCUGUCAGGGCAGAGAAUAAUGCUAUGACUUUACACAAUCCUGUCUCGGUUGACGUCCACGACCGGCCACUUCUAAUUUUUGACGAGCCGAUCAAGAUCGAACCUCAGCCUGCCAAAGUCACACACAAGGCCACUGUAGUGCAGCACAAAGCCCCUAUUGUGGUCAAUCGCCCGAUGCUGCAGCGACAGUCUCCAGUAUUUGAAGUGCCCCUUCAGUCACUCGAGGCACUACCGACCAAUGACACUACCUUUGAGGUAGCAACCCCUUUAAUUACUCCAAUCACCACCAUGACCAAUUCCAAGUCGCCUCCUCUAUCGCCAGAAGAGUAUUACCCUGAGAAGUCUCCGUCAUCGGUUAGCUCCGGAUCUCUCCUGAUUCCACUCUCAGAGGAGAUAAGCGAGCCACCACCACCACCACCUCCUCAACCUCAGUCUCCCCACUCGCCGGAUCAAACUUCUCACCAUGAUUCAAGCUCCAACAUGUCCACCCUGGACAUCCCAACAUUCCUGCCUCGCAGUGCGUCUGAUACCUUCGUCAACUACCAUACCGCCGAAGAAGAAGAGAUCACCGAGGCUGCCGGGUCAACCUACUACAUCCAAGAGGAUGGACAGAUGAACUACAACGUCAUCAUCAAAGCGCUUCACAAGAUCAUCACAAAGGACACCUCAGCUAAGAUCUGCGACACCUCCCUGCACAUCAUCGAGACUAUCCUAGAGUUUCGGGUGAUCAAGCAGAGUGAGAAGCCUUCCCAGGCCAAGAUACCGGUCAUCAAGGUAGAAGGAGAGAAGGUCAAGGCUCCAGACAAGGACAGCGAAGGGGACGUAGCGUCUAAGAGCCUUGAGGACAUGACUGUACAUAAUCUGGUGAUGGAGACACUGAUUCAAGUGUUCAGAGCUCUUGGAUGUCAUCAUGGAUGUGGCGAGGGUCUGAGAGGACAUUCUGGAGACAAGUUACGGCUGAUGGGACAGCAGUGCCUGAAUCGCAUGUUCAAGAUCGACCCAUCACAAUUCCGCCGUUAUCUUCGCUUCAUGAUCAGCACGCAUCCACUGGAGAACAUUCUGGAUUUCUUGCAUGCGUUGCUAGGAUUCUGUGAAGACCCAGUCAGGAUACCCCACCGGCCUGGUUCUCCUUUCUACAAUGCAGGUCCAAGCUCAGGUCCAAAUGAAGGGAUCGCUAGAGGGGGCUUCGCGACCAACUUCGGCAGUGGCGUUGCCGGGACCGGGGUACGUGGAGUGGAGGGGACCAUCGUCGGUAGCAUCUUCAAAGCGCUCGUCACCAGACUGGCCAACUCUAGGGAAGAGUUGAACAUCCCGGAGAAUUCGGCCUUGUAUGGUGAUGUUCGUCAGCUUCUUCACUACAUCCGUGAGGCUCAUGGCGGAGUGUUUAGAAGAGUGGCUCUGAGUGGACUCAUUGACUCCUCGGGGAAGGGGCAAGAUGAGAAAGAUAAAGACAAAGCCGGCAAACAAGGUGAGACCAAGUCUGACUCUGACAGGAACAUACCGGCACCACCGGGUAAAGACGGUGGGGACGGGGGAGAUGUCAGUCCAGGUACCCGCCUCAGAAGGCACCUCUUCAGGAAGAAGUUCCGCAGUACAGACUGCGCCCUGGAUGAUGAGAGAUUGGCAGAGGGAGCCGGUGGGAAGAGACGGUUCAGUGUCUUUCAGUUCGAUAUUUUGCGUACAGCCCAAGCUGUGACCACUUGGCGCAACCGGGCAAUACGCUCAAAUCUCGGCUCCGAUGACGGCGCAGAGAUUCCCGAACCAACAGAGACGCCCAGAGUGAAGAAGGUUCACGUCCACACUGACUCUGGCAACCUUUACUCAAGCCGCAAGAAGGUAGAGGAUCACUCUUUCUUCCUCUCCAAGUUUCGCAAGAAGAGUAAACGAGACCCAUCCUCAAAUGAGGAAAGAGAUGAAUGUGACACACCUCGCUCGAUGGAGGAUGAAGAGGAAGCCGCUUCGGACUCCUUGGACCUCCCCACUGAGAAGGAGAAGAAGCCAGUGGACAGGGUAGUCAUAGCCGCUGGGAUGAAGAGACUUAAUCUCUUGAUGGACUGCUGUAAUCCAGGGACAGUCCCUGAUGCUGAGUUCCUGGCUGCUGCUCUAGACCUGAAUGCACCAGUGGUUGCGAGGGCAGCCUUGCUGCUAGAGUGCUGCCAUUUUGUUUAUCGUUGUAACCAUGGUGACUGGCCUGAGUGGAUGAAGAGCGGCCGUUCCUACCAGCGAGGGCGUGUCUCUAGUAAUGUCUUCAGCUCUCGUACGAUGGGUUCCUGCUAUAGGAAGAAUGCCUCGCUGCAACGGAUGGCCGCCAAGAUGUUCUAUCUCUGGGCUGAGGCGAUCGGAGCUCGCUUGGAGGAGAUUGAACGGCAGGAGGCGAGAGACUUGACCGUGGUUAUCGGUAAAGUCAAAGACGAGAGUGUCAGGAAAAGACUGAGGGAACAGGACGAUCAGGAGGAUUUCUUAGACGAAGCCACCGUUAACCCAACCGGCACUGCCUGCCCUCACGCCUUGAAGAUGGUUGCCUGUCAGCUUCUUCUAGAAAUCACAUCCUUCUUACGUGAGACCUACCAGAACCUUCCGAAACCCCGUAAGGUGGACCGAGGCGGCUUCGGUCGAGCCCCAACCCGGGACUCUGAGUAUCUGGAGUUGCCUUCCUCAUCGGCGCCCAGCAUGACGACAGUACAGCGGCAGGCUAGCGCUGGGUCAAGCGUCACGUCUAGCCCUCCCCCACCAAGGCACAGCGCGCCGCAUACUGUGGUGGAUAGUCCUUCUGGAACGAGUGAGAGGAAGAUCAGCUUUGCUCUUGGAGGUGAUGAUGAUUCCCAACAUAGCAGUAACACUGAGCUCAACAAUGUGGAUCAACAGCAGGACGACAAAAAAGUCACCCCCGGUAGGAAACAGAGUCGUGGUGGACUCCUACGCCGUCAUCCCGUCCCUUCAUCCCCAGCUGCAAGGGAUCAGCAUAAUCAUAGCUUCCGUAACCGCCAUCGUAGCCGACCGGACUCGCUAUUCGGAUCCCAGGCUGGUUCCCAGGCCACGCCGGUCGCCGAUACUACACCGCACGUUAAAUUCAGUGCUGAGAGUCAACCAACUAUCAUCGGCAUGUCUCAUGACAACAGCGCCACCGCAGUGCUCGGUCGUUCAGGUAGCAUCAAGAGCCGUAAGAUCAGUUCGGUCUCUGUGGAUGAGGAUUCCACCGGGGAGACGAGUAGCGUCUUCAGCGAGCAGGUCAGCCCUCAGGAACCAGAGCAUGUUCCUGAAAUGGCUUCAACCCCGGACACCGUGGGACUGGAUGAGAUUGAUCUCAGCAAGAAUAUGCCUUGGAUUCCGAUCGUUGUCGAGAUAGCAAGCAAAACCAACUUCAUCUGCAAUCACCAGCGAUGCUGCCACCCAAACUGCUUUGAGCGUCAGAAGCGUAACUGUUAUCGUCUGAUGAAGGCAGUAAGGUACAUCAACGGUGAGGAAAGUCUCCUCAGACCAAAGGAUGAUGACUCGGAUGAUCGGAUGAGGAGGGUCGAUGGCAAAGGCAAACGCAAGGAGUCGGGACAGGGCCACUCUACGCUACGCAGCUUCCGUGAGCUAAGGCGAGAGAGCACCUCGUCUACCUUGGACCGGCAGGUCAGCGUCUUCCGUCACCAGGCCAACACUUCCACCAGCCGCACUAACUCUGCUGUAGCCCUGACCAGUGGAUCUUUCCCUGUAGAUCUAGAAUGGCCUAGGAAGGAAGAUUCUCCUCAACUGAAGUAUCUCAAGUCACAGGCUAUGUACCUGUGGCACAGCCCCCUGUCUCUUCUCAGCAAGGCAGCUCCAAUCCUGACUGAAGAUCUCUUCGCGGACAUCCUGACGCUUGCUUGGGAGUUACUCCUGGACAGCAGUCAGCAGCUGGCUGGAUCUGCAGCUGCCAUGGUCCUCAUCUGUGCCGUCAAGAUCCCGGAGGUCGUCAGUAAACUCAUUGCUAGUGAGAUGCACCACCAGGAGCCCGGCCAGCGAGUAGAUGCCACUCAGCGGUUCGCCGUUCUCUGGAGGUUCAGGCAUCAAGUCUGGCCACGCAUGGAAGAAAAAGCUUCUAUGAUCUUUAGGGUUCCACCGCCUAGCAUCGACUUCACUGUGCCGUCACCCACCAUUGGGCUGUCCCAUCUCGCAGUCAUUGACCCACCUUGGAUGCCAGUCACGACCUCCGACCUUGAAGAGAAAGUCUCAACCGAGGAAGAAACACCGGGAUUCUUUAGGACAGGGUCUAAGUGUUGGCAGUUUGCACGCUCCUUCGCCGCCGUGGCAGUCUCCCGUACCACCCAGCGCCGUGAACACAUCAAGAAGACGCUGCUCCGCGAGCAGGAGAAGAAGCGAGCGGCUCGUGAGACCUUCCACAUGACCAACGUGCCCAUCCUGACACAGGCUGCGUACGAACCCUCACACCACGUCACCUCAGACGACGAAGACGACACGCCCAUGCCCGUGACCGUAUCCAUGACAGCGCGUCGUGUGUCCGUUGCCCCGCCUGCCACCAUGGCCGCAGCAUGCGGUCUGAACCGGGGCCGGAAUUUAUCCAUUCGUCGGGCUUCACUCUGGUCUGGGGGAGCUUCAACAGGCAACGCAUCAGGUGAUGAUGAGGGAUUGGUGACUGAGCGUACUCAUCACAGUCCACCUACCUUUGGAGUGUUCUUCCCGUCCUGUAUUUGUACCACCAUUGUUCAUUUGGUGGCGCUGCUGGAUGAUUCUGAAGUCAAUAAAGAAGGCGUUGCAGUGUGUGAGGUCGCAGAGAAGGUCCUAUGGGCAUGUCUUGUGGAAGAGCCUGCUCUAAUCUGUCGUUACAUCUUGGAGAAGAUCACAGCCAAAGACAAGCAGGAGGAUCUCAUUCUUCUGAUGAAGAAGAUGGUAUCUCAUUUUGGAGAACUACCAGCCCAGACUGCCCACUGUCUCUUCAACUACCUGCUUGGUUUUAUUGUAUACCACUGCCGAGCGCCCCAUGAAGGAGCCAACGAGGCCAUAGCCAACACCCUGACCGUCCUUUGGCACAUCAUCCCCUUCGUGUCUGGCAUCUCCUUCAAGGACCUCAAACAGACUCUCAAGAAAGAACAGUGUGAUCCCACCAUCCUGAUCAGUGCUAAUGUACCAUGUGCAAAGAAACUGAUUGUACACGGACCCAAUGAAACGGACAUCCCUACUCAGCUUCCCAUCAGUGAGGAUAUGCAGUUUGAGGAGAUCCACCAAGACUGUCUGGAGUUCUUCAACAUUCCUAUCCAGGACCACUGCUCCCACUUCCUUGUGGAUAAGAAGACUAACCAAAUGUUGGAUGUGAAGUCGUACGUUCGAGAUUUUUACGCCUACAAGCGAUCACAGUGCCCUGAGCUAAUCCUGAAGAAGAUGGACCAAAUGGAAGGUUUGGAGCAUCUACAGAGACAGGCCUUCACACUGAAGAUUGCUGAGCUUGGCCGUGUGUAUUUUGCUCUAGCCACUUUGCAGAGCACCCCGGCUCCUUUGAUGAGUUCCCACAUCACCUUUCUUCACGAUGAGUUGAUAAGGCUUCCGUCCUUCCCUCGCAAAUCUCUGGAUGCUGAGUUCAUGCUCUACACCAUACCCAAGCAGGGCAAGGAACUCUUCGGUCUAGACGUCGUGCACAAAUACAUGUGGGUUAAGUUUACUGCAGUGACUUUCUUGAACAUGUCGUCUGACUUCUCCUGGAGCGGGGACAUCCAACUCUUCCUGAAUGUCUUGAAUGGUUGUCUGUUGCUUCACUGCGAGGACAUCUCCAUCCUGCGUCUGUGCUUAGCGUCCUUCAUUAACAUCUCGCGCCAUUUCAAGCAGAUGUUUGCAACGAAAGGGUUUCAGUACAUAAUGCCAACUAUCCUGAGAGUCUACAACUAUCAUAGCAACAAUCGAUUGGUUAGAAGAGCUAUAGAGUACGUCUGUCGGCAGCUGUAUGUUCUACACAUGAAGCCAUUUGUGCUGCAGUUAUUCGGCAGUGCUGCCCCCCUUCUGCAGGGAGAGGAGGAGAUCAACCCGCAAAAGAUUUCUCCCAAGUGUCUGUUCCGUCUUCUUCUCUCCAUGGAGAAAGACAGCAAGGAUUCACUGGACAUUCUGGAGCUGGUUACCGGUGAAAAACCCAUGAAGACACUGGAUUUCUGCUACAGCAAUGAUCACUUAGCGACUUUCAGCGUCAGUGAGGCAAUCAGACUCUGUGCCAUAGUGGUGGCAUACGCACCCGAGUCCAUAAGGAGUGCACAAAUGCUGACCGUGUUGGCAGACCUUGUCCCCCUCUACCUAGACCAUGUCAAGGAGCAGACCAAGAAGAGAGACAAUCCCAGCGCAGCGAAGUCAGAGACGGCCGUUAUAAACAGCAUGGGGAUCUGCAUGAAGUCUCUCAUCAUCGGAGCUGAGACAUUGGCACGUAGUACAAGUGGACCCAGUCGCAAGAUUGAAAACGUAAACGCAACGACGAGCUUCAAGAGUUCUAAUAACUCCCAGCAGAGCUCCGUCCACAAAGCUUCUCGCAAGUCAGCCAUGAAUAUAGGAGGAAUGGAACUUGGUGAAGAAGACAUGAGGGAAGACUUUCAGUUCAGGUACAAUGACUACAGAGUGCGUAGACGUUACGAAGACGACUCCGAGGAUGCAGAACCUAUGAAUGAAUUCUGCAAGCCAAGAGACAUGCUGCUGAGCAUAGCGGCCGGCUACUACUGCCAUAGUCUGGCUAGGCUGAAGGAGCUCAGGCCCCACAAUGAUUCUAGACAACACAGCUCAUCCUCUUCGCUGGAACUACUGGAUCAGAGAUGCCAUCUGAGGCUAGCCGAGGUCGCCCACACCCUACUAAAGGUAGCCCCCCAUGACCCUAUCACCAUGGGGUGCAAGGGUCUACAGAUGUACAUCACCCAGAUGAUCCCACAGACAGAUUGGACCAGUCAGGACCUACGCCCAGCCCUCAUCCUCAUCCUCAAGAGACUCGAUAAACUCUUCAACAAAAUUCACAAGAAGCCAACUCUCAUGCGUCACAUGGAUUGGGAGUCUGCAGCCAACUUCUUGAAGGGGAUCUAUGUGACUCUGACCAGGCAGAGCAUCAUCAGCCAUCUCCCUCACCUUAAGUCCCUGCUGAACAUCUGCCUAGCCCUGCUUCUCUGCGACGGCUCAGCCCCUGGGGGUGGGGACGGUCUGUCUUUACUCACGAUGGCCUCUCCGUCAGUUGGGAUGCGCUUUACUCCCCCACCAGUCUUCUGCUCAGCCGUGGUGCGUCUGGUGGCGAUGCAGAUGCAUUGCAUGAAGCAUCAGUACUGGAUGAGAUCCAAGGACCUGUAUACCCUGGAGCAAGUGUUCGGAGGCACACCUGUCUUCAACUCAGCAGAACGGACGGAGACCAUCUUGUUGUACCUCGUCCUGCCUCUAUGUUUGAGGGUCGGCUGUGGGAGAAAAGAUUCUCCCAAGAUCCGACCAUCAGACAUCUCGUUCGCACUCACCAUGAUCCUGUAUGCCCUCCUACCACCCAAGCGUCAGCCCCGCCCUGCUGGUGCGCCUGGGAGUGGUGGUGGUGGUGGGGGAAUCCCCCCAAAGCAACAUCAUUACUCAUCGCUCACAGACCUGCCGAGUCAUACGAGUAUCUCUUACCGAGACUCAAACUCUGUCAUUCCAGACUCACUAUACGAGGCUGGAUUCUUAGGUUUGAAGAUGAUGAUGGUCUGUUUUGAGAGCCAGUUAUCCCGGGAAUGGUUCCGCAUUGCUUCAGCUGUCAAGGAACUCGGUUCAGGAAUGAUGGGUGGUUUAGCUCUAUGGAGCUUCAUGGAUUUUGUCAUCACUGUGCGUACUCCACUCUUUGUGAUGCUGAAGCCAUUUAUUGCAUUCAAGAUGAUGAGAAUGAUUUGCGAGACAGACCAUGAGGUGAUGCUACAACGCUAUGUGGGACAGAAACUACGCGCUACCCACACACCGCAAACCAAGUGCAAGUCAGAGAUCAUGCUGGAGUUGGUGAACGAGCUACGCCAUCUACGAGACAACAUGUUCGUCCCAAGAGACCGUGUGAAGUUUACUGAUGAUCUAGCGGUCAUGACAGGACAGAGAGCACAGGUAUUUGAGGAGAUGGAAAUCACGUCCCCAUUCCAGCAGCGAGGCUCCAUCAUCAGUCGUCUUACGAGGAAAGCCACCAUCACGUCUCGUCGAAGCUCCAGUCGCCAGAGUUCAAGUCGUCGUAACAGCACUCGCCGUCGUGGGUCUGUCCGCAGUGCCGACUCAGCCGACCAAAAUGCCAACAAUUCGGAUCAGCAGCGGAGCUUGUCGAGAUCAAAUAGUGGGUACGGACGUAGAAGCAUCCGUCACGCGGAUACGUCUUGCAUCGCGGAGGCGGACGAUGAACGAGAGGAAGAAGAAGAAGAGAUGGGAUCCCCACUCAGGCCGUUCCAACGUCGACACAACACCAAGAGAAUCAGCCGUAGCACCAGCUCACGAAGACAUGUCCGCCCAGAGGCCGAGGUCCAUGCGCUCGAAGAGCCGAGAGAAAAUGUCAUUCAUAUUGACCCCCUGAUCGAGAAGUCCGACGACGAUAUCGAAGAUGGAACAAACGAGCAGAGUCGCCUCCUCCAGCAGCCUGCCACUCCGAGGGAUCAUCACAGCUUUUCUGCCCCCAUGGCACCCACAGACACAGAGGAUGAUCUGGAGGGUAUACAGGAGACAGUAAGGCUGUUGGAUAUGGCCAAGACGGUAGACCCGACGAUCAUCGACCGACGAGGUAGCGCAGGGGUCCAUGAUACGUGUGUGUGAAUCCUGACGGCAGCAUGGGCCCAAUUUAAUGGCUCUGCUUACCCCCGAAUUCUGCUUACAAUCACCAUUCUCCACUUGCACUAGCUUUG